AUGGAUGGGAUCAAAGAAAUUACUGAUAUGUCCUUGGAAGAGCUGCAUGUUGUUGCUAGAGACUGGUCAAAAUGCUACAGUGACAAGAGGGCAAACAGCGAUGGCUUCAUUUUAUUUUUCUGUGGAGGCAUAGACAGAGAAUGGCUGUUUGUCAUCCUGAACUUUUCAUCAAAGGAGAUGAGUAUUCAGAAAAGCUUUGACCCUGUCAAAAUAAUUGCUGGGAGGUUAUUUGGUGGACAGGAUCCAGAGCUGGUGCGCAACAUCUGUCGUUGGGUGAGACAAGCUGUUCAGAUUCCUUUCUUUGCCAAGCUGACUCCAAAUGUCACAAACAUUGUGAACAUUGCAAGGGCUUCUCAAGAAGGUGGUGCAGAUGGUGUUACAGCCACCAAUACCGUGUCGGGGUUGAUGGGACUGAAAGCAGAUGGCACGCCUUGGCCUGCUGUAGGGCUCAGGAAAAAGACCACAUAUGGUGGAGUAUCAGGAAAUGCCAUCAGACCAAUAGCCCUUCGAGCAGUUUCUGAAAUUGCUAGGGCUCUUCCUGGUUUUCCUAUAUUAGCAACAGGAGGCAUUGACUCAGCUGAAAGCGGCUUGCAAUUUCUUCAUAGUGGUGCUACUGUUUUACAGGUGUGCAGUGCAAUUCAUAAUCAAGACUAUACUGUAAUUGAAGAUUACUGCACAGGGCUGAAGGCUUUCCUUUAUCUGGAAAGCCUUGAAGAACUUCAGGACUGGGAAGGACAGAGCCCACCAUCCAUACAGCAUCAGAAAGGGAAACCAGUACCCAAAAUUGCUGAGCUGAUUGGAAAGAAACUUCCCAGUUUUGGGCCCUACCUUGAACAACGAAAGAAGAUAAUAACUGAAAGUAAGCUGAAACUAAAAGAACAGAGCAGCCUCCUUUCCCAGCUUGAGAGAAACUGUUUUGUUCCAAAGAAGCCCAUCCCAGCAGUGAAGGAUGUAAUUGGAAAAGCACUGCAGUAUAUUGGAACAUAUGGAGAGCUCAGUAACACCGAACAAGUUGUGGCUGUGAUUGAUGAGGAAAUGUGUAUCAACUGUGGCAAAUGCUACAUGACCUGUAAUGAUUCUGGCUACCAGGCUAUACAAUUUGAUCCAGAAACCCACCUGCCCACUGUUACUGACAGUUGUACAGGCUGCACUCUGUGUCUCAGUAUCUGCCCUAUUAUUGACUGCAUCCGAAUGGUUUCCAGGACAACACCUUAUGAAGCAAAGAGAGGCCUGCCCUUAGCUGUGAUCCCCGUGUGCUGAGGAGAUCAGACCAACAGUUAAAGUGAAACUUCUAUUUGCUUGAUUCUAUUGAUUUGCUUUCUAAUUAGUACCAGCCAGUCCAGUACAUUUUAGCAAAGAGAAGGAAAAGGAGAAAGAGAAGGAAAGGGAGACAGACACAGACAGACAGAAAGACCUAAUACACUAAUGAGAGGUCAAAUAAAGCUGGCUGAAAUUUCCAAUUUAUUUCCCCUCUCUCUUUCUGAUCUUCAGACAGAUAACAGUUAGUUUGCUGGAUGUAACUUGGCUUUGCUUUUUCUAAGAUGCAUAACUUUGUCUCUCACACACAAAUUUUUACAUGUUCCCAUGAUUUGGGUGAUUUUUCUUCCCUCUAACAAUGGAUGAAAUUCAGGGAACUUUUUGUAAUCAUUUAACACAUGGACAAACUUUGUUACCAUGGAAACACUGGGUAAUUACACAUUUCAUUUCCUUUUAAAACUGGUUUUUAGAAGAUGUAAUUAACUAUAUAACACACAAACAAAGCAUUGUAUAUCAUGGGGGGGUAUGCUUUUACAGAAAGAUAUAAAAAGAGGGUUAAACUGCUGUUUCUGAACAAUUAAUCCGUUUUGAUAGUGGCAGCAUCUGGUGGUCUAUUACUCGAGUUCUCCCUAAAUUUUACCUCUGACUAGGCAUUAAAAACCAAAUGUGCAGAUACAGUGCCCUUUUGUCAUUUGUUGUUUUCAGUUGGUAGCACAUUUUUUUUUGUUGUUGUUCUGUUAAUGAACUUACAGUCCCUGUCUAUUAACUCUAGUCUUUCAAAUGUAAAUAUAAGACAUUUUUUUGUUGCAUCACUGUGGUGUUGGCAAAAUGAAAUUAUUCUUUAGGCCCUAGCAGAGGACCAAAGGUAAUGGCUCCAAAGUUUCCUUAAGCAAGGUUUUCUGCAAUUCAUACACACAGUGCUGGACAAAAUAAUGUUGUGCUAUCAACCUAGAUGGACCAGUGAGGCUGACAAGAUAUGGCCUUUCUGUUCACCACAGAUGGCAUCUGACAACAAAUGGCAUCUACUGAAUGUUUUCCAACUACAAAGUCCAUUUCAUGCCUGGGCUACACUGUGCCUAAAUGGAAGCUCCACAAACCUUUGGAGAAAGAAUGAGAUGAUGGUCCAGUAAAUACACAUUGAAGUUCUGUCAAGGCAGAAUGUCUGACAGUUGCCCAAUAAAUAAAUAAAUAAAUAAAUAGUUGCCUUUAAAAAGAACCCGAUACUGUUUCUUAUUAUGAGAUCCAUUCCUCCCCAUGAUUCCGCCAUGCAAACUUUCUUGACUUACUACACAGACAGAAGCAGCCCAUUGCAUUAGUGUAAAUGAGGUAAAAGUUGUCCUCACCUUCUUAGGGAUGACCAAACAUGUUAUUGUGUACCCUCAAAAUAGGAGUCCAUCUGGGUGGAAGCCACUCAUGGGAAAUACACAAAGCCUCAGAAGCAGAAAUAUUGCUGCAGUUAGCAAAAGAAAUUAUGAGAUCCUGGCUACCCACCAACUAAAUAGAAAUCACCAGUAGAAUGGAUUUCUCCUCCUCCUCCUCCUCCUCCUCCUGUACCUCUGCUACAGCAGGAGUGGGUGUGAAAGCAAGGAAAAAUCCUAUCUUAUAAGUCAAAGAUCAUGUAUAUAAUGGUGGAUAAAACUCUGUAUAUUCCCACACAAGAAGAAAUACAGUAGAAAUGUGCAAACAUUCUGAAACCAUGUUUAGCCAAAGCCUUAUCACAGCUUUAAUAACUUUCUGAUUACAUGAAAAGAUUACUAGUUACAUAUUCUACUAUAAAUAAGUACACAAUCAUUUUAAAUUGCAAAAUGUAAGGUAAAUAAUUGUUAGCAUAUCAAUGCCAUAUGUUCCAAAAAUGUUGUUUUGUAUAAUAAAUUCAAAAAUAGAGCAUGUUUGUUUACACUAAAACCAAGAUAAGGAUUUUCCACGAUUCUGAAACAGCAUGUUAUCAUCGACUUAUUUCUCAUUCUCAGUUGGGUGUUUUCUUGUACUAAUACUUUGCUAGCUAUUUUAUCCUAAAGAAGCUGCAAGAAAACCAUAUGUUGUUCAAUAUUUAAAAUAGCAAACAAUGUAUCCAUUUCUCUCUACUUUCUGCCAUCAACUGAAAAUGCGAAACUUUGUGCAUAUUAAAUAAUGCUUGUGUUAAAAUUCCUGUAUAUUUACAUAGUUAUAAAUAAAUCAGAAUUAAAGGACAUUA